CUCUGUGAUGCGCGCUGGUCCUUUAAGAGCAUCCUCUGGUGCGUUACCUUCAAGGCAGGCGAACUCUAACGGCUUGGGAAAAACGUCGUAGUGUUUCAAACAUAUAUAGUGAAGCUGUUGUAACACCACACCAUCCGCCUGUGGUCUUCCGCCUUUCAUUUCCUGGAUGUGGAUGCGUUUCUCUAUACCGUCGUCGUAGCAGUAGCUGUUGUGGGCUGUAGCGGAGCGUCUGAUACCAACACGGCCUAGAAGACAAGAUGGCAGAGCUGAACCUGGGAAAGGGGGUGACUGCGGGAAAACUCGCCAGUAACGUGCAGAAAAAAUUAACGCGGGCACAGGAAAAGGUGUUGCAGAAACUUGGAAAAGCAGACGAGACCAAGGACAUAGCCUUCGAGGAAGGAGUCAUCAACUUCAACAAGCAAUAUACGGAGGGCAGCAAGCUGCAGAGAGACCUGAGAGUUUACCUGGAGGCAGUGAAAGCCAUGCACGAGUCGUCCAAGAACCUGCAGUCCUGUUUAGGGGACAUGUAUGAGCCAGAGUGGUAUGGCAAGGACGAGGUGGACUCCAUCCUGGAGGAUACAGAUGUGUUAUGGGAGGACUACCAUCAGAAGCUAGUCGAUCAUGCUCUGAUCUCCAUGGAUACCUACCUGGGACAGUUCCCUGAUAUCAAGUCUCGUAUCGCCAAGCGCGACAGGAAGUUGGUGGACUUUGACAGUGCCAGACAUAACUACUCAGCCACUCACAAGGGCAAGAAGAAGGAUGCAGCGGGUGGUGUCAAGAUGCCCAAGCCUGCUUCCCUGCUGGAGAGGGCUACCCCAGGCUGGGCUCAGGGGAUCCUGUCAGCUCACAACGUGGCUCAGAGUAACCUCUCUAGAAACCAGGCAGAGGAUGAGCUGGAUCGAGCUCAGAAGGUGUUUGAAGAGAUCAACGUGGAUCUGCAGGAGGAGCUGCCAUCUCUGUGGAACAGCCGUGUGGGGUUCUACGUCAGCACGUUCCAGAGCAUGGCUGGCUUCGAGGAGAAGUUCCACAAGGAGAUUGGCAGGUUGGACCAGGACCUGAAUGAUGUUCUUGUGAAACUGGAGCGCGGAGAACAGCCCACAAAAAAGACAGGUAAACGCGGUGGGAAGGCGGCCGCCAAAACUCCGAAGAGUGAUGCAACCAAUCACACUCUGAGUCCAGGAGGACCUCCGGCUAUCCCCAAGUCUCCGUCCAAGUUGCGGCCUGCCAUGCCCCCUCCUCCCAAGGUCACCCCCUGCAAGGACCUGAAGCCGGAGAACAUCAUCAACCUCUUCGACGCCGCGGCAGCGCCAGACAUCAGCAUCACCUCCCCGACUCAGUUUGACAGCCCUUCAGGAGGCACCCUGCUUGACCUGGUGUCCGUGCCCACGGCCAGCCCAGCCGCUGCUCAGCCUGCCUCCUGGGAUAGCUGGCCAGAGGAUAGCCCAGCAGCAGAGGAGCCCCCAGAGCAGGGCUGGCACGAUGACGGCCCCCAGCCUGUUGUUGUGGACCCCGUGGCCCUGGCCCAGGAGGGCUGGGGGGACGAUGGCAGCCUGCCCGUCAAGGUCCCCACCUGGGACGAUGAGGGGGGCUCUGCUGACCCAGCCCCAGCCCCAGACCAGGCUGGCUGGGAGGAGGAGGAAGAGGCCCAGGUACGAUGGACUCUCAGUACACAGGAGAGCUACUCAGCUCUCUGGCACUGGACAGGGCUGGUGUCUGGACUGAGAUGUGUGUGUGUGUGUGUGUGUAAUGAUUGCUCCUCUGUGUUCCAGACGGACAGCAGCACACCAGUAGCGGACAGAGCAGCAGCAGUGGAUACUCCUGCGGUGGUGGCAGAAUCGACCAAUGGGGCUGCAGAGGGUAUAGAGAUGCCUCCUGGCUUCCUGUUCAAGGUGCAAGCCAUGCAUGACUAUGCAGCCAACGACUCAGAUGAACUGGAGAUGAAGGCAGGCCAAGUGGUGCUGGUGGUGACCUUCGAAAGCCCAGAGGAACAGGAUGACGGCUGGCUGAUGGGGAUGAGGGAGGAGGAGUGGAUCCAGAACCAGGAGCUGGCUCCCAAGGGAGUGUUCCCCGAGAACUUCACCCAGCGUCUCUGAGAGAAGACACAUACCCCUCCCUCCAUCCUCUCCUCCCCCCAUCUCUCCUCCCCCCUCCCCCCCACCUCUCCUCCCUCCCUCCCCCCUCCCCCCAGGAUGCCUGAGAGGACAUAAGGGACCGGAUGUUGAUGAGCGUACCCAUGACGACCAGCACGUAUUGCCACACCGGCUGUUUAAGUGGAACAUGUUAGUCAACAGCUGAUCAGACUGCUUUAAGUACAAACCAUCGCCAUUGUCAGGAUCACCAUCACGGGCGAGAGGGUAGACUGUAGCUUGUCAGUGUGGAGCAUCGAUAAAGCUCUGCUCCCUUUGAAUUCGAAUGCCAAUCCGGCAGGGAGGGAAUGGGAGGACUGGGCCCUGUUCAGACCCUGUAGUGUGUGUGUUAGCAGAGCUAGCCUCAUAGUGUGAGGCUUGCCAGGUUGUUUGGCCCGCAUCCGGAACCUACCCUCCAACACGGUCGUAGUUAUCAGUGGUGAUAGGUCCUUGUUGGCUAUCACAGCCCCGCCCUACCCACACUCCACACCCCCCCACACCCAACCCCUCCUCCCCCCCAGCCCCACACUGACCCUUCAGGACUCCUGUACUCUGUCACACACACACCUCCCCAGUGUGCUGGAUCUCUGCCAGGGAGCUCUAUUAGUCUUUGUGUUUUGGUUACUGAAGGUGUAUAGGACAGUAUAUUGAUCAUGUUGACCCAAAUGUAUUUCCAGGGACGUAUAGUUAACCUACUGAAGAUGUUGUGCAGAGUAUAAAACAUCACGACGACGGGUGACAAGAAGCUCAGUUGCCAUGGAUUGCUGGUGUUAGUGUGCACAUGGAAUGAGAUGCUUCAUCCUAGGAACUGGUUUUAUUUUUGUAUGCUGCUGUUGAUGUGGAACCCAGACGCCAGGGUGAAUUGCCAACUCCUGUAGGACAGUGUGUAGAACCUGCUGCUGACAGACACACACACGCCAUUCAAUCACCAGAAGGCAGGAUUUGUGUGUGUGUGUGUGUGUGUCUCACGAGGGAAGUGGUGUGUGUUUGACCCCCCCUUUGUGGAAUACUUUCAUUGGAUGAUCUCUUCAAUCCAGAUUGGCCACGGUCGUUUCGCAGCAAGCUUCAGGGCUAGAGAGAGAAUCUUUUCUCUCCCAAGUUAGAAUCCUACGUUUUCUGUUUGCUGGUGGUAUGUUUCCAGGUGAUGUCGUGUAUAUGUCGUUGUGUAUAUGUGCUACUAUAGUCUAUGAAGACCAGUCCUAUCUGUGUACGUGAGCAUGCCAAACCCAGUGUGUUGUAUUUCAAAUACUCUUCAUCAGCUGACUUCCUGUCCCCCGAUGGACCAAUUGGAAUAAAGAUGACUU